AUGCAUACAUGGGUGUUUUUGCCUCAGGCAUCACAUGGGGGAUCCGCCCCUCCUAGGUAGCCUGGAUCAGCUGUCCUCCGUUGCUGCAUCCCCAAGGCUCCGCCUCGAUCCAGAACUGAAACAUCAAAGCUGCGCUGCAUGAACGGCCGGCUGUUACACUAUUCCCUUUACUCUUCUUUUCUUUUACUUUCCCGCCCAGAUCUCCUUCCUUACCGCUUUCCGCGGAAUUUCCCUCCCAUGCUCUACUAAUUUAAGCCAAUAUGUCCCGGAGGACGUUGGGUGGAGGUCGUAUCCUAGGCAGCGCGAACGCUCUCUCCCCAUCGGCUUCAACCCCGUCUCCGCAACCCAAACCGAGGCUCUUAUCACCGACCGCCAGCAGCGUUUCCCUUAGCUCCCAGGCCUCUGCCUCCCAAUUUUCCUCCGAAACACAAGAUCUCACCUCUCGCAUCUCUCUUGAUAAUGUCGGUACCUCGAUUCCUGCCGCCCCGGCAGCUGCCGGAGCUCAACUGGCUUGUCCAAUCUGCAGUGAGGAGAUGGUAACACUGUUACAGUUGAAUAGACAUCUUGAUGACGUACAUCAGAACUUAGAAGAUGAUCGACAGGAUGAAGUCAAGGAUUGGUUCAAAAUACAGAUGGAGAAAGCGAGACGGUUCCAGCCUCUUGCCGUCUUGAACCAGAAAUUAAAGGGGCUAGAUGUUUUCGAGUCGAACGACAAUCUGCAACCCUUCGCCGGCCCCAGUCGUCCUUCUGGAUCCAUCCAAGCGCCUGCCCCUGAACUACCGAAACCACUUGACCCUGACGACAUCAUAACAAAAGAUCAUUGGCAAACACGAGGUCUAUAUGAUGUUUGUCUGGAACCGUCGUGCGGGAAGCGACUUAAUGCCACCAAUGGAUGUGUCAACUGUCGAAAAUGCGGGAAGCUAUUUUGCGAGGAACACACCAUGUACCAGAUGAAGUUAUCGAGGUCGGCGCAACAUGAACCGGUAAGAGGUUUAUGGUGUAGGGUUUGCGAAACGUGUUAUAAGUCUAGGGAGGGGUAUAAUGAUCACAAUGGCCUGAUAAGGGACCGAACGGACGAUUUCAAAUCUGUGAGAAAACAAACAGUCGACAAGGCUUUCCUAGAAGUAUCCCGGCUAGAAAAGCGUUUGACACGACUCACCCAGCUAUUAGCUAGCUUGCCUGUGGAACAGAUCCAGUCGAACACAAGUAAGAUCUGGUCCAUAGCGUGGCAGAAUGACCAACGAAAGACCCUUGAGCAAACAGUCGUCAGCUGGCAGGACGACUCGAGCGUCUUGAGAUGUCCAUUUUGUCAGCAAGACUUUACCAGCUAUACUUUUCGAAGGCAUCAUUGCAGAACUUGCGGGCGAGUUGUCUGCGGUGACCCAGCCACCGGGUGUUCUACUGAAGUACCUCUGAGCAUCACCCCUUUAUCGAAAACAUCCACAGAGAAGUCCAGUAACAUGGACAUAAUGAACAUUGAUGUCAGACUCUGUAAAGAAUGCAGGGCAACGAUAUUUGACCGUCGAGACUUCGAAGCCGACCUCAUGCGGAAACCCCCAGACUUAAGGGCUUAUGAGAAUCUGGUACAGUUUGAGAGGGGCAUUCGAAUCCUUUUGCCUAAGUUUCAAAAGCUAUUAACGGCACUGCAAGACCCCAGACGGCCACCAUCGUCCGCUCAAAUAGCUGAAGCGUCCAAAAUCCGCAAGCGACUUAUUGAUUCCUUCGCCCAGUAUGAUGUCGCCGCUCGACGCAUACGCGACCUGCCUACAGAAUCUUCAGCACAGCAACGUCUCCAGAAGGCUGUAUAUCAGCAGGCCAGCAACUUCCUCCAUCUUCAUAUGCUUCCUUUAAAAUCUCUGCCCAAAGUUCUCAAACAUUCAACGCUCAAUGGCCGACUACCAAGCUCUCCUACCAGCUCACCCAGCCCUAACAAUGGUUCGACGAGUGGUCAUCGACGACAAGGCUCUGCCUUGUCUAUUAUUAAGUAUAGUAGUGUGGCUGCAAGUGGCAGUAACAGCAGCCUGGCUAGCGACACAAGCAGCGCCAUUUCCGCACUAGAAGCAGAAGAAAAGUCGCUCCGUGAGCGGCUUAUUGUUCUUGAGGAACAGAAGUUCUUCGUCUCUGAAAUGAUCGCUGAUGCGAACCGACGCCGCAAGUUCGACGAUGUCAGCAGUCUGGCAAUGAACGUGGAGGAUCUCACCCGUGAAAUUGACCGUGUGAAUGGGAUGCUAGAGAGGAUAGACUUUGAGAGCGUCUAUACCAGCAACCCGUCAACCAGUUGAUAGCGAUUUUCAUAACUCGACUUACGUUGGCUAGCGUUUACACCCACUCCUUGUUCGCGUAGCAAUAAAUCCUGAUGAGUUUUGGUCGCAUGGUGGCUGAAGCGGCGUUUAGGAUCGAUAAUUCUGCAUAGCAUUGGGCGUUUUGUGUGUCGGGCUCCCCCCUUUUAUGGCGGCCUUUACGAUUGAUUUCUCUGCCGUUACUUCUAGUAUGUGACUAUGGCCCACCUGGCCCGGUCUAUUGAUUAUUCUCUACAUUAUGAUAGAUAUAUCAGAUGUCAUAUCGAAUCUAUACAUUGCCAGCUAUACUUCACCUGCCUAUUCCGCUAUCGUAACUUUGAAACCUGGGACUAAAGGUGUUCAUCACACAAAGCGUCCGUAUGACACUAUACGCAUCACAG